ACGUCAUCUCCGGGCGCCGAGGGUGACUGGACUUGUGGUGGGCUUCCAGGGCUCCGCGGCGCUGCAGGUUGCUUUCGCUGCAUACCGGAGGGCGGAAGUGCAGCAGGACUCGGCUCCGACCUCCGCGCCGGUGCUUUCUGCGGCUGCGCGGGCUCUCUGGAGUCCUGCUCCCGCGCCUCCGCAGGACUGUGUCAGGCAGGCAGUCUGCCCCGCCACCCCACAGCUGCGCCGGAGCCCGGGAUUCUAGCGUCUCCACCGGCGCGGGAAGCCGGAGGGGGAGCCGGCGCUUCGGGUAGGUUUGGCUUUGGUUGAAAAAAGAAUUUAGCCUGUAUGUACUGUUUUAACCACUGGAAGAAUGACAGAUGACAAAGACGUGCUUCGAGAUGUGUGGUUUGGACGAAUUCCAACUUGCUUCACUCUGUAUCAGGAUGAGAUAACUGAAAGGGAAGCAGAACCAUACUAUUUGCUUUUGCCAAGAGUAAGUUAUUUGACGUUGGUAACUGACAAAGUGAAAAAGCACUUUCAGAAGGUUAUGAGACAAGAAGACAUUAGUGAGAUAUGGUUUGAAUAUGAAGGCACACCACUGAAAUGGCAUUAUCCAAUUGGUUUGCUAUUUGAUCUUCUUGCAUCAAGUUCAGCUCUUCCUUGGAACAUCACAGUACAUUUUAAGCUACAUAUUUUUGUGAGCCUGGAUUUUCAUUAUAUGCUUCAACCAAUAUAUUGCAGAAUAUUGAAUGUAGAAGCAAAUAAGAGUUUUCCUGAAAAGGACCUUCUGCACUGUCCAUCUAAGGAUGUAAUUGAAGCUCAUUUUAUGUCCUGUAUGAAAGAAGCUGAUGCUUUAAAGCAUAAAAGUCAAGUAAUCAAUGAAAUGCAGAAGAAAGAUCACAAGCAGCUCUGGAUGGGAUUACAAAAUGACAGAUUUGACCAGUUUUGGGCCAUCAAUCGGAAACUCAUGGAAUAUCCUGCAGAAGAAAAUGGAUUUCGUUAUAUCCCCUUUAGAAUAUAUCAGACAACAACUGAACGACCUUUCAUUCAGAAGCUGUUUCGCCCUGUGGCUGCAGAUGGACAAUUACAUACACUAGGAGAUCUUCUCAAAGAAGUUUGUCCUUCUGCUAUUGCUCCUGAAGAUGGGGAAAAAAAGAAUCAAGUGAUGAUUCAUGGAAUUGAGCCAAUGUUGGAAACGCCUCUGCAGUGGCUGAGUGAACAUCUGAGUUACCCAGAUAAUUUUCUUCAUAUUAGUAUCAUCCCGCAACCAACAGAUUGAAGGAUCAACUAUUUGCCUGAACGGAAUCGCCCUUAAACAGGAUUUACCAGAGCAUGUCACCCUUCUGCUUCAAUCAGGUUUGGUGGAGGCAACCUGACCAGAAACAUUGCGCCUGCUGCAAGCCAAACAGGAACAAGAUUCCAUGUCAGAUAAGGCAAUUGAGUUGGUCUUAUUUUGCAUCACCACUGCUUUCCUCCACUGCCGUCAGUAAACCUCAGCCGUGACAUGAAAGACUUUACAGGACCACUGCAAGUCUUCUGUUUUCUUGUAAAAUAUAACGAAGCCGAAACCUUUGGCCUAAGAAGAUGUGCCACUUGGUUUGUAUUUCUGAUUAACAAAUAAACAGAGGUAUUUCCUAAGGUGACCAUAGUUGAACUUUAGCUUGAGACAGUGGAAACAUUGGUUUAAUUUUCAAGAGAAUUAGACUUAAGAAAGUAAAAGAGAAAUUCUGUUAUCAAUAACUUGCAGUAAUUUUUUUGUAAACGAUUGAAUUACAGUAAACCCAUCUUUCCUUAAUGAAAAUUUCCUAUGUUUACAGUCUGUCUAUUGGUAUGCAAACAAUCUUGUAACUUUGAUAAUGAACUGUGAGAGAUUUUUAAAUAAAGCCUCUAAAUAUGUUUUGUCAUUUAAUAACAUACAGUUUUGUCACUUUUCAAGUACAUUCUGCCUCAUAUACAGUAGAUCACUUUUUACUGUGUGCUGCCAUUUUGAUUGGUCGUCAUUGGCAUGGGGUGGAUAUGGGGCAUAGGAUUAUAUGUCUCAGGAGCUGUCAUAGAAUUUCUCGCUGCCAACUUUAAAAUCUGUGUUCUUUACACACUAAAGGUAUAAAUAAUGUAACUGUUUAUCUUUGCUGUUUAUCAUCAUAAACCUGUCAAAUCAUAGUAUGCUAAGCACCUGUAUAAGAUAAUUCUGCAUUUUUGGAAAAUCCCAUUCCUUUCCAAGCUAGUGUUUUUCAUUGGCUCCAGGUCUAAUUUUUCACUGUGGUUCCCUGGCAGCCAGUCUUUGAAGUCUGAAGAUUACCUAUCUUCUAACUGCAGUAGCUUUUCCUUAAUUUUACCAAAAAUGUCCAGAGGUUACUGGAGUUCUUACUCAAUAUAAGGAAGAUUUGCUGCACUUUAUUACCAAGCUGCUGGGAUUUUACCAGUUGAACAUAUUUGUGCAUUACAGUUGGCUUCUUAUGAGCUAGCUUGCUGUCCAUAUUGAAUGUUGACCCAUUUGAGUAUGCUGAGAGACUUAUAGUAUCAUACGAUAAUGGUUUUAGAUUCCAUAACAAAAAUGAAUGUUUUUCUUA